GAGAAAGGAGGACUCGCGUCGCCGAGUGCUCGCAUUGGCAUACACUGUGUGAAAGAGUGAGUGAGUGUGACACACACGCACGCACGCACGCACACUCACUCACUCAUCCACUGCUUCAACGCAUCUCCAUAUGUCGCUCCUUCGGCUAGUCAUUGGCGUCCCUGCCUUUGGUGGCGUCGCGGCAAUUUCUUCUUGCCGCGGCUUUGGGAGGCGGCUCGAGCAGCGCCUGUUUUCUCUCUCCUUGCCGGCCCGGCCGGUCCAUCCGGAGGCAAUGCAUCCGGGAUUGAGGCAAGAAAGCGGUGUCAUCUACCGCGACUUCUCGAAUGCCGUCCGCAGCUGGAAGGGCGGAGCCAUCUUGAGACAGGCCGGCAUGCAAUCGCGCUUUGCGGCCGAGGCGGAGAGGUGGGUGCAGCAAGCCUUCAGCGAGCCGUCGCCGCCGCCAGUUCCCUCCGCCACGAACGAGAGCGCCAACGGCACUGCAUUGGUAGCUCCGACCACCUCCUGCGUCGCCCAGCUCUACAGCUACCUCAUGACAAGGAUCGACGCCCGUCCGGACAGCUUCUUGUCGCUGCCUGAGGACGCCCUCUCUCCGAGAGGCGAUACGCUUGGUAAGGUCGCCGGACCCGUCCUCCUCUCUGGAGGCGACCGCAAUGCGGCCAUGCUCGACCAGGUCGUCGCCAACCACGCUCGGUUCGCUCGCGCCCACGGCUACGCGCACUGGUGGCACAAGGGCUCGCUCGUCGCUGCAAGGGGAUGGCAGCCGUACUGGCACAAGGUGGAGCAGCUUCGACUGGCCACCCGCCGUUUCCGCAACGCGUCGGCCUUUGUGUGGGUCGAUGACGACAUCGUCCUCACCAACCUACGCGACGGCGACCGCUUUGCGCAGGCGCUCCGCCGCUCUCCCGCCAGCCUGCUCGUCACGCGCGACCCUUCAAGCAAGCACGCCGAGGUGAACACGGGCAUCAUCAUCCUGCGCAACACGAAGCGGGGCCGCGCGGUGCUCGAGGCGCUCUGGUCGCGCGCCGACCAGUGGCGCGCAGACGGCACCUCCCUCUCGACGGACGGACAGGCCUCCUGCCUGCACGAGCAGCAGGCCCUCGAGGAGAUGCUGCAGUCGGGGGAGUGGGCGUCCGAGAUUGGCGUGCUCGAGCAGCGCGCGCCGGGCGCGUGGAACCUCAACACUUUUCUGCGCUGGUCGCACUACGACGCGGAGCGCGAGGCGGACCGGAGGUACGAGGAGGACUCGCGAGCUGGCGCGUGGGCGCACGGUGACUUUGCGGGGCACUGCUCCGGCCUGAGCCAGCUGCGGCGAGCGAUGUGCAUGGGCGCUCUCCUCGGCAAUGUGGUCGUUGCAUGAGCAUUUUUUGCGUUUACUUGCUGUGUGAUAUGGUGUGUGUUUGUGUGUGAGCGAGAACGGAGCGAUUGUGGCGGUGCAAACUUCGCUUCGGCCUGUGCGUCCUUGUGUGAAGGAGAGUUUGAAGGAGAGUACUAGCUACACGGUCUGUUCGGUUCUCUCUCGCUCCCAUAGUGCCAUCAUACGCCGUGGUAAUAU